GCAAGGGCAAUUAACAUUAGUGGCUUGAUUUUGUGGUGUGCCCGCUUUGAAAAGAAAAGGGUGCUGAUUAUUGAGUUGAAAAAGGCUUUUGGUGAGGAAUUAGAGUUGAAGAAAGUGGAAAAGGGUUGUGAUGUGGCUGAGAAGGUUGUGGUGGCUGUUAAGGCAUCAAAAGAUAUACCAAAGACAGCUUUGGUUUGGGCUUUGACUCAUGUUGUUCAGCCAGGGGACUGUAUCACACUUCUUGUGGUGUUCUCUUCUCAUGUCUCUGGUCGAAAGUUAUGGAGCUUCCCGAGGUUUGCGGGUGACUGUGCUAGCGGCCACAAAGGGCGGUCCCACUCAACUGGUUCUAGUGCAGAGCAGAAAUCGGACAUCACGGAUUCUUGUUCGCAAAUGAUCCUUCAGCUUCACGAUGUUUAUGAUCCUAACAAAAUCAAUGUGAAGAUAAAAGUUGUCUCGGGUACACCGUGUGGCGCAGUUGCUGCCGAGGCGAAGAAAAUACAAGCGAACUGGGUUGUCUUAGACAAACACCUCAAACACGAAGAGAAGCGCUGCUUGGAGGAGCUCCAAUGCAACAUUGUCGUCAUGAAACGAGCCCAGCCGAAGGUCCUCCGCCUGAACCUAGUCAGCUCAGCCCGUAACGAGCCUGAAUCCACAACCUCACUCCACACGAACCCAUCCUCCAAAAAACGAGGAGAUUUCAAAGGCUCCCCAAAUCCAGCCCGUGGGCCCCUCGUCACCCCUUCCAGCAGCCCCGAGACCUUUACUGCCACCGAAGCCGGGACCUCGUCAGUCUCGAGCUCUGAUCCCGGCACAUCGCCCUUCGUCAUAACCACCGGCCCAAAAGACGACUUAAUAACCAAGAAAGAGAAAUUAAUAUCCAUAAAACAAGAACACGAUCACGACUCGUCCGAUUCGGACACAGACAUAGAAACCCUGUCUUCUUCAUCAUCGAGUCUCAGGUUCCCCGAAAAAAUACUCGUCAAACAGAAAAAUAAUUCCAUUAUUUCCACAAACGCCCUCUUCGAGAAAAACGCGAAAUUCGACGAAGAACUCCUCGGUUUCCGUUCCCCGAGCUACCGCUUGAACUCCGAUUUUAGCGGGAGCUUGAGGGAGGCUAUUUCAUUGUCUAAAGCGGGCCCAUGCGGGCCCCCGCCUUUGUGUUCUAUUUGCCAACAUAAGACUCCCAUGUUUGGAAAACCUCCGAGAUGGUUUGCGUAUGCUGAGCUGGAGCUGGCGACUGGCGGGUUUUCUCGGGCGAAUUUUUUGGCUGAAGGCGGGUAUGGGUCAGUGCACAGAGGGGUUCUGCCUGACGGGCAGGCAAUUGCAGUCAAGCAGCACAAGCUGGCGAGUUCGCAAGGAGAUCAAGAGUUUUGCUCGGAGGUCGAAGUGCUGAGCUGUGCACAGCACCGUAAUGUGGUGAUGUUGAUUGGGUUCUGUAUUGAGGAUGGGAGGAGAUUGCUGGUGUACGAGUAUAUAUGCAACGGGUCUCUUGAUUCCCAUCUUUAUGGGCGGCAUCAGGAUACGCUUUCUUGGGCUGCACGGCAGAAGAUUGCGGUUGGUGCAGCACGUGGAUUGCGGUACCUUCACGAAGAAUGUCGGGUUGGCUGCAUUGUUCAUCGAGAUAUGCGGCCUAAUAAUAUUCUCAUCACUCACGAUUUCGAGCCGUUGGUGGGAGAUUUUGGUUUGGCUAGGUGGCAGCCGGACGGGGAGAAGGGGGUCGAAACCAGAGUCAUUGGAACCUUCGGGUACCUAGCACCCGAGUACGCUCAAAGUGGUCAGAUCACAGAAAAAGCCGACGUUUAUUCAUUCGGUGUUGUGCUUGUUGAGCUUGUGACCGGGCGUAAAGCAGUGGACCUCAACAGGCCCAAAGGCCAACAAUGCCUUACAGAAUGGGCCCGUCCAUUGCUGGAAGCUUAUGCAGUCGAUGAGCUGGCGGACCCACGGCUCGGAGGCAACUACUCGGAAGUCGAGGUGCACUGCAUGUUGCAUGCCGCAUCAUUGUGUAUACGCCGGGACCCACAAGCGAGGCCACGCAUGUCUCAGGUGCUCCGAGUUCUUGAAGGCGAUUCAAUGGAUUCCGGUCAGCUGGGCACGCCCGGUUUUGAUGUGGGAAGCCGGAGUGGAAGAAUAUGGUCAGGCCACCACCAGCUACAAAACGAGCCCAUGAUAAACGAGUCGUCUGGACGGUUUAGCGCAAAACUCUCUCUCGACUGAAUAACAAAUUUCAGGCACAGAGAAAAAAAAAAGCUCCAAGAAAUGGAAAGUGAGGAUUUUGUAUCAGAUGUCAACUGACUUCUGUUUUUGGUGAUGUCUGCACAAAAUUUCUUCNCUUGUAUAGCUGUGGU